AUGGUGAAGGAACGGCAAUAUCGUUCCAGCCCCACUCAGCUGCUGUAUAGAAAACAUGGAAGUCACAUGCUGGUGAUGUUCAAGAAAGUGGGCCGGAAACCACCAACAUUUGGUGAUGCUUUAAUUAUUGCCUCUGUGCUCUUGGACUCUGGCUUUGAAUUUGAUAAAGGUUCUGUUACAUUCAACAGAUUUAAGCCUGUGAUUUCUUAUAAGACUGAGGAGAAACCAGUCUUCUCUUUUGACGCACUUACAAAUUCUAAGAACAUUAAUGUUUAUGGUGACAUUGAUGCAGAUGUCCUGCGAAACUACCAGGAGUUCCCUCUGGCAAACAUCAUUUACUUAAGCUUAGAGGAAUUCACUACAAGUGAACAGAGUGCUUGGAUGACUGCUAUGGAUAGUGGCAGCAAGAAUGCUUCUGAAAUUAUUGACAAACUGACAUUGACAUUUAAUCGCACUCUCCAAGCUGUCAUUACCAAGGAGCUAAUUAAGAUUAUCUCUGGUGCUGCUGCUCUGUAA